UGACAGGCACGUGGUCCACAUACUGUGAUUACCAAUCAGAUCGCGCCCCAUGCGCUGAUACCUGGUCUUCACGUUAACCAACGAUUUUGAGGGUUCUCUCUAACGUACGCAUGACAUAGUUCGUUAUCCCUUGGCUUUGCCGCUUUGCUAAACCCACCCCACCCACUCACACCGAAAACCAACACUUUAACAAAUCAUUGUGGCUGUCUGUUCAUCAUAAACGUUCACUCCGUUUUCUGUCUCAUCUGCAAAUGUUAUAGAGUGGUUGUCAUGAUGACGUCCUUGUUGCCUCAACUGUUAUACACAUGCUUUGUCCUCUUGGGCGUUUUGAAUAAUGGGUAUGCCGGGAUCACAAGUACUUUCAUUCGUUCAGAGUGGCCGUCUGUUGACAUGCCUCUCGAGAAUGAAGCAUUUGCAGUGCCAAAGGGGAAUAAUGCACCACAACAGGUGCAUAUUACCCAAGGUGACUAUGAUGGAAAGGCUGUCAUCAUCUCAUGGGUGACACCUGAUGAACCAGGGUCCAGCAUAGUGCAGUAUGGCACAUUGGAGGGGAAGUAUGAUUUUACUGCAGAGGGAACAAUAACUAAUUACAGCUUUUACAAAUACAAGUCUGGCUACAUCCAUCAAUGUCUCAUCGAAGGCCUUGAGUUCGACAGCAAGUACUAUUACAAGCUUGGCAGUGGUGAUUCUUCUCGUGAAUUUUGGUUUCAAACACCUCCAAGGAUCAACCCGGAUGCUUCGUACAAGUUUGGAAUCAUUGGUGACUUGGGACAGACAUAUAAUUCCCUAUCUACCCUUGAGCAUUACAUGCAGAGUGGAGCCCAGGCUGUCUUAUUUGUUGGAGAUCUUUCUUAUGCUGAUAGAUAUCAGUAUAAUGAUGUUGGUUUACGGUGGGAUACCUGGGCCCGUUUUGUCGAGCGAAGUACUGCUUAUCAGCCUUGGUUGUGGUGUGCUGGGAAUCACGAAAUCGAUUACAUGCCUUACAUGGGGGAGGUUACACCUUUUAAAUCCUACAUUCAUCGGUACCCUACGCCCUAUCUAGCCUCCAGUAGCAGCAGUCCUAUGUGGUAUGCCGUGAGACGUGCUUCAGCUCACAUAAUUGUGCUGUCGAGCUAUUCACCAUUCGUGAAAUACACUCCCCAAUGGGUAUGGCUUCAGAAGGAACUUAAGAGUGUAGAUAGAAAGAAGACACCAUGGCUCAUUGUUCUCAUGCAUGUCCCACUCUACAACAGUAAUGAGGCGCACUUCAUGGAGGGUGAAAGUAUGCGAGCUGUCUUUGAGGAAUGGUUUGUACAUCACAAAGUUGAUGUAAUCUUUGCUGGCCAUGUCCAUGCUUAUGAAAGAUCAUAUCGAAUCUCGAAUAUACACUGGAAUGUAUCAAGCGGUGAUCGUUAUCCUACACCAGACAAAUCUGCCCCUGUUUACAUAACUGUUGGAGAUGGAGGAAAUCAAGAAGGUCUAGCUGGACGGUUUAGAGAUCCUCAACCAGACUAUUCUGCUUUCCGAGAAGCCAGUUAUGGACAUUCCACAUUAGAGAUAAAAAACAGGACGCAUGCAAUCUACCACUGGAACCGCAACGACGAUGGAAAAAAAGUGGCGACUGACUCAUUCCUACUGCACAAUCAGUACUGGGCACGCAAUCCUAGGAGGAGGAAACUGAAGAAGCAUUAUCUGAAGGCUGUCGUUGGCUGGGUUGCAAGUCAAUGAGAAAAGAUACAUAUGAGUAUGAUGGAUCGGUAUUAUUUCCGCAAAGGGGAAUGAAACUGCUGAGAAAUCUUGAAAUGCUAAAGUGACAUUUAACCUUCCUCUACAAGACAUCCCCGGAUCCCCCUGAUUCUGGAAUUUGUAAUGGUUAUUUCUCUCCUGGAAUAAGUGUGUGCAACUCUCUUUGGUUUAAUCCAGUAGUCUAUCGUCAAAUUUAGGAAUAAUUAGAGCUCUUGUGGAGCAGGAAUAGCUAUGGAUGAUGGUUGCCUAUCGAAUUAGCAUGUAAAUGAUCCAGGAAUGUUAUCUUGUAUUA